UCUUCACUACCCAUAAUUACAAUCAUUAGCUUAAGCAGCAGCUCUUAAUCCCACGAAACCAUUACUUCCUAGUUCCUAUUUUCCUGCUUCAACUUUCACAGAAGCUAAACUUAUAUACACAACCGCCAGAUUUUACUGCAUUUUUCCUCCCCACAAAAAAAAAAAAGAGGAAGAACAAAUAAAAACAUUCCAGAGGUGUUCUACCUCACACUUUCUGAAGUGCAGCUGUUGUAAAGAAUUUAUUAAAAUUCUGUGUUUCUUUGUUUCUCAUUCUAUCCAUUUCUCUUUCUCUUCUUCUUCUUCUUCUUCUUCUUCUUCUUUUACUCUCACUUUCUUGUCUGUCUCUUUCUCUUGGUUUCUUUCUGGCACCAAACCUCUCUUUGAAUCCAAGUCUUCCUCAUUUAUGGGCUCAUUUUGAACUUAAACUCUUUUGUUUGCCGGUGGAUUUGCUUUCAUGAGUUGUUGCUGAUUUUGGUUCCAGAUUUGCUGUUGAACUUGCUUUCUUUGGGUUGUUUCAUGCUGUUUAUUCCUUGUGCAAAGAAAGAGAGAAUCUUUGGUUUCCUCUUAUGGAUUCUUUUUUAAGUCUUUAAAUUCUGUGUUUGAUGCAGAGUUUUUAACACCUCUAAUUUGAGUUGGCUUUUAUUCUUUUCUGUUUCUUGAUAAACUCACCUCUUUAGCUCUUCCGGGUCCUUUUUCUCUUUACUUCUUUUUUUAUUUAAUUGUUGGUUCCUUUGAGAAUGUGGCUGUGGAUGGCUUCUUCAAGCUGUUGAGUGAGUGUUUGUGUGGAGAAUUUUUGAAGAAAAGAUGAGAUCUUUUACUUCAUUUCUAGUUCUUCUGCUCAGCUUAGAACUCUUGCUCGCGGACUGCGCCUCAUUUCCAAAGAACGAAGUUGAAGCUCUAACUUCCUUCAAAAGAGCUAUUAUUGAGGACCCGAUGCUGGUUUUGUCAAAUUGGAAUACGGUGGACUCAGAUCCUUGUGGUUGGUCUGGCAUCUCUUGUUCCGUGGCUGGAGAUCAUGUCAUAAAGCUUAAUAUUUCCGGGGUAGCUUUGAAGGGUUUUAUUGCACCAGAAUUACACCAACUCUCAACUUUGCGAGAACUAAUUUUACAUGGGAAUUUGUUGAUUGGUGCAAUACCCAAGGAAAUUGGCAUGCUGAAAAACCUCACGGUAUUGGAUUUGGGCUCAAACCGGCUAACAGGAACGAUUCCUCCCGAGAUUGGAAACUUAAGCAGCAUUGUGAAAAUAAAUCUUCAAUCCAAUGGGUUGACUGGGAAGUUGCCUCCUGAACUUGGUAACUUGAAAUACCUUCAGGAACUUCGUGUAGAUAGGAAUAGGCUUCUGGGAACUUUACCUGGUAGUAAUGGCACAGAUUAUCCUUCCAGUGCACAUGGAAUGUAUGCUUCAAAUGGCAGCCCUACGGGUUUUUGUCGAUCCUCCCAACUAAAAGUAGCCGACUUUUCAUACAACUUUUUGGUUGGAAGCAUACCCAAGUGCUUAGGGUAUCUUCCUAGGUCAAGUUUUCAGGGUAAUUGCCUUCAAGACAAAGAUCCCAAGCAGCGUUCUGCUGCACAAUGUGGUGGUGGUGCUCCACCCGCAAAAGCCCAUUCAGAAGGUAACACGAAGCACAUGCCAGCUACAGACGAAUCCAAGCAUGAAGCUAAUUCAUCAAAACCAGCAUGGCUCUUGGCUCUUGAGAUAGCCACUGGAACUAUGGUGGGUGUGUUCUUUGUCAUUGCCAUUUUGACUGCCACCCAGAAGUGGAAGAAAAAACCUUCCAUCAUUAUCCCGUGGAAGAAAUCGUCAAGUGCAAAGGACCACAUGACAGUUUACAUAGACUCUGAAGUGCUGAAGGAUGUAAUGAGAUACAGCAGACAAGAACUUGAGGUAGCAUGUGAAGAUUUCAGCAACAUUAUAGGAUCCUCUCCCGAUAGCCUUGUGUACAAAGGCACCAUGAAAGGUGGCCCUGAAAUUGCUGUGAUAUCUCUUUGCAUCAAGGAAGAGCAAUGGAGUGGCUACCUUGAGCUUUAUUUUCAGAAAGAGGUGGCAGAUUUGGCGAGAUUAAAUCAUGAAAAUGUGGGAAAAUUGCUAGGCUAUUGCAGAGAAAACAGUCCAUUUACAAGGAUGCUGGUGUUUGAAUAUGCAUCAAAUGGAACACUCUACGAACAUCUUCAUUAUGGGGAAGCAUGCCAAUUCUCUUGGACACGGCGCAUGAAAAUUAUCGUUGGGAUUGCCCGGGGAUUGACGUAUCUUCACACAGAACUUGAUCCACCAUUUACUAUAUCUGAACUGAACUCCAGUUCCAUUUAUCUGACUGAUGAUUUUUCUCCCAAGCUGGUUGAUUUCGAGUGCUGGAAGACAGUUCUUGCCCGAUCAGAGAAGAGCUCAGGCACCAUAAGCAACGAAGGUGCAGUCUGCAUCCUUCCAAAUUCUUUGGAAGGACGUCAUCUUCACAUCCAGGGUAACAUCUAUGCGUUUGGGGUUAUUUUACUUGAAAUUGUUAGCGGCAGACCCCCAUACUGCAAAGAUAAAGGGUGCUUGGUGGACUGGGCCAAGGAAUUCUUGGAUUUGCCCGAAGUUAUGUCUUAUGUGGUGGAUCCUGAAUUGAAACAUUUCAGAUACGAGGAUCUGAAGGUGAUAUGUGAGGUGGUAAGUCUAUGCAUCUAUCCUAAUACCAGCACAAGGAUGUCCAUGCGGGACUUGUGCUCCAUGUUGGAAAGUGGUAUCGACACUUCCGUAUCUGCCGAGAUUAAGGCGUCUUCUCUGGCUUGGGCUGAGCUCGCACUUUCGUCGUAGUGACUCGGCUGACACUGUAAAUCAGAGAUAUACAGUAGCAAUACUUUUUUUUACCUUUUCCAUCGAUCUGCUUGAUGCCUGAGCUCUUGUAAAUGUCGCGUGGCAUGAAAAUGUAGAAUUUCUUGUUGGCAAAUGUCUCAAUCUUUUUUUUUUUUUUGUGUAAGCAUUGCCUGACAAUUUGAGGUCAUGAAAUAGUGAUGAAGGUCUUGCUUCAA